AGGAAUCUUCUCCUGACUUGUGCCAGCCCAGCCUCGCAUUACUCUAAGUUCAUGGCUGGUAGCCCGCUGCCCCCCAAGAGGAAGGUGAUUGAGGAGACCCGGCUGGUGUUGGAAGCGUUCCUGCAAGGGGCACUCAGCAGCGGAGAGGAAGGGGCCCCAGGUCAUGUAGGCCGUGGGUACCAUGACCCCCAGAGUUACAUGUCCAGGUCCCCAGUGGAAUUUGAUCUGGGGUGUCCUGCCUGCAGCCCUGCCCACGAAGAAAGCAACUCCGCGGAAGGGAAAAAACAUGGCUUCCGCACCAGCAUUAAGCAUCUGUUGCAGAAGCGAUCCAGCUCUCGAGGGCCCUCUGACAGUCUGCUCUCCCCUGGGGACUCCUUAAAGAAGUCUAAGUCAGGGGCCGAAGGAGCCCACCAGAAGCGCCCCUUCUCCUUCAAGAACCUCCUGAGGAAGAAGGGGGCUGCCUCAGCGGAGAUAGCCGAUCCUGUUGCUCACCCCAGCCGCCCCGACUCUUUGCCUCUUGUCACCUGCUAUUGUAGAAAGCAGGCAGCUGAGCCAGAAGCGACCCAGACAGCAGGCAAUGGUGAAGUUGAGGGUGCUGAGUUUUAUACUUUGGUGGCCCAGAAAUUAGAUUACUUUGUGAAACACCAACAACGGGUCAGCCCUGCAGCAGCAAAAAACUCACUUUCUCCCACAGAUCUGAACACUACAAUUCCCACAGACACAACCUCCGGCAGUUCAGUUGCCUUGGAAAAGGUGCCAGGAGAAUUGGAUGAGAAACAGAAAGAGCAGAUCCUUCAGAGGCUGGUUACCCUUCUGGAAGAGCAGGCUGCUGUCUUCAAUAAAAAGAUCGAAGCUGACCCACUGCUACGAAAUACUCUCUCCCGCCUCUCCUACCGCAGCUUUACUCACCUGGCCGAAGCCUUCACGGCACGUACCCCACCUGGUGUCUCUAGUCCUCAGCUAGCCAAGCUGGCCCUCACCAUGGAGCUCACAAGGAAAGUGGCUGGCAUCAACAGCCACACAGUACAUACCCUCAUGGGCUACAGUUUGAAGUAUAUGGAUAUGUUCAUACCUUGGCUGCAGCAGCAAGGUGGCUGGGAGAACAUUGUAGCCCAGGAGGAGAUAUUAUUUGACUUGCAACUUGACUGAACAAUCCUCCCUGUGCCAGUGGCAAUGCUCUUAUGAUGAAUCUUGUCUGCAGAAACCUGAGUGCUGGCUAGUGCUUUAAAAGUCUCUGUGAAAAGCUCCACUGUCUCUUUCCAGCAAGGUUAAAUCCAAAGAAACAGUUCUUGUUUUAGUAGCUGUGACUGGAGCUGAGAUAUGAAGAAUUUGCAGAAACCGAUUCUAAACUUCUGUGCUUGGCAUACCACAAUAUGUCGAAUUUUGUUGCCAACUGUUCCGGCAGAAAUGUAAAGUAGUUACUCCCUCAUGGACCUGUUAAUGUCAAAAUAUUUCUGAAAGGCCAUUAUUCAGAGCUGCCUGCCAUCAGAGACAAGAAAAGUGAUCUCAGUAGGAGCCACCCUUCUUUUAAGAAAGCCCUACUGAGGAAGGCUUGCUGAUUUUCUUCUUUUCAACCAAUAUCUUUUUUUUCCUCCAAUUUUACACUUGAAGUUAAAUAAAUACUCUCAAUCUUAUUUUAUCCCUGUUUUAAGAUAUCUGUUCUGUAAUUACUGUCUUUGUGGUUUUGCCUUUGUUCUAAAUUUUUUUUGUUUGGAACUGCUCUGAGAAACUUUGGGAUUUCAGAACAAGGAAAAUGUAUGAAGUUAAUUUCUAUGCAAAGCUGACUUGCAGGAGAGUCUUGUUAAUUCCAGUGGGACUACCUUCUAAGUAUAUAUGGGGAGAAGAGAAACUUAAAUGAAUGUAACACUCAGGGAUAUGGGAGUGUGUUGGUUUAACAGCAACAGCUUCCCUGAAGCACUGAAUAUUGUCCUGUGAUUUUUUUUUGAAAAAAUAAAAUUUUAAAGAAUCUUA